AUGGAAGAAAAAAUUUAUCGUCAGAUUUUCUUUACUCCAACAAUUAAUGAAGAAAAUAUUAAUCUUUUAAAUAUUGGAAUAAAAUAUUCAAAAUUAAUGAAAAUUGCAGUAAGAAAAGUGAUGGGAAAAACAGGAAAAGAUAGUGAUGAGGAUGAGAACAGUUUGAUUAGAAGAAACAAUGAAGAUAAAAUAGAACAUGUUGGAUCAAGUAAAGGCAAAGAGAAGCAAAUAGGAGAUGAAGAAAUCAAAAUUGAAAAAGAGGUAAAAUUCAAUACAUAUUUUUAUAAUUUCUAA